AAGUGGGAGGCUAGAAGGAAAGAAAUAUAGGCUGCUCUUUUUCCUGGCUGUGUAGGAAAGGAAAAAGUUUGUAUUUCUCUUCAUUAAUUAAAUUCUACCCAGAGAGAAUUAUUACAUAAGAACCAGCUUUACUUCCCUUCCACAAACGGAAAACAACAAAAUACCGCCAUCUUCAUUCAGUAAAUAAAGCUGUAGCAGCUUCACAGAAGAAUCCAUCAUUUUUUCUCCCCGGGGAGAGAAAAAUGAGCAUCAGUUUGGCAUCCUCCUCAUCAUCAGAAAUCUCUUAUCCUUGUUCAAAGAAUCUACAACACAAAAAUGAAAAAUUGCCUGUGUCAAAAUGUUUUGUUGGGCUUGGUAGUUCUAAUAAGCAAAACCGUCAGCGGCUUUUGAGUCGUGAUGCAGGAAAGGUGGGUGUUUCUCGGCCUUUGAUGCCUGAACAUGUAAAAGAAUCAUACAUGGGAGAAAAAUAUCACAAGGACGAGGGCAUUCAGAAAACGAAAUACGUGAGAACAUUGUUAAUUGACAAUUAUGAUAGUUAUACCUAUAACAUAUACCAAGAAUUAUCUGUCAUCAAUGGAGUUCCUCCAGUGGUGGUGCAUAAUGAUGAAUUGACAUGGGAGUUCCUUCAGCAUUACUUGUAUGAAGAAAAGGCUUUUGAUAAUAUUGUCAUAUCACCUGGGCCUGGAUCUCCGAUGUGUCCAGCGGACAUAGGAAUAUGUUUGCAGAUACUGCUAAAGUGCAAGGAUAUACCGAUUUUGGGUGUUUGCCUAGGUCACCAGGCCUUGGGAUAUGUCCAUGGCGCGCGAGUUAUACACGCCCCUGAACCAGUCCACGGACGUUUGAGUGAAAUUGAACACACCGGAUGUAAUCUGUUCCUUGAAAUUCCUUCUGGACGCAAUUCAGGAUUCAAGGUUGUUCGCUAUCACUCUCUUGUAAUUGAUGCGCAUUCACUCCCAAAGGAACUCAUUCCUAUAGCUUGGAGCUCUUCAGCAAAUACAACUUCAUUUCUUGAGAACCAGAAGGUUACCCCCAAUUCUUUUGGAGAGAACGCAAAACUCAUCAUGGGUAUUAGGCACUCUACCAGGCCUCAUUACGGUGUGCAGUUUCAUCCUGAGAGCAUCGCUACAUGUCACGGGAGGCAAAUAUUUCAAAACUUCAGAAGGAUCACAAUGGAUUACUGGUCGAGGCUGUUCCCAGUCUCUAAAAGUAAUAUUCACGAUAAUGCAUGGAUGCAGAUGCAGUUGCCUCGUGCAAGUCGAGUAUUCCGAGGAAAACAGCUUAAAAGUAAGCCGUUAGUGAACGGUGUGCAGGCGGGAAAAACAUUAAGUAUGUGCAAACCUGUGAACGAAAGCAUUGGUGCACGGUUUCUUAAGUUGAAGUGGAAGAAACUGGAUCGCUUGGCUAGUCAAGUUGGUGGAGCAAAAACUAUAUUCUGUAAGUUGUUUGGAGAUGGGAAAGCAGAAAACACCUUUUGGUUGGACAGUUCUUCAGUAGAACAGAGAAGGGCACGCUUUUCAUUUAUGGGGGGUAAAAGUGGAACUCUGUGGAAGCAAAUCACGUUUAGAAUAUCUAACAAAAGAUAUUGUGCUCAUGCCAGUGAUAUAAAUGCUAAAUCGGGAGGUUAUUUAUCAAUUGAAGAUGCAAAUGGAUUUGUGGAAAACAAGUUUCUUGAAAAUGGGUUUCUUGACUUUUUGGACAAGGAGCUUCGUUCUUUUCGUUAUGAAAAAAAAGAUUAUGAAGAAUUACCUUUUGACUUCUGUGGUGGAUAUGUUGGUUUUAUUGGGUAUGGUCUUAAAGCUGAGUGCGGUAUGGCAUCCAACUGUCAUGAAUCACGAACACCCGAUGCUUGUUUUUUCUUUGUGGAUAAUAUGGUCGUGAUUGAUCACCGUAAUGAUGAUGUAUAUAUUCUAUCAAUACACGAAAUUGCUUAUCCAGAAAGUACUUUAGGACAAGCAUUGAAUUCAAACAGUAAAUCAUGGCUGGAUGAGACGGAGGAGAAGCUCCUAAGAUUAAAAACAGCAGCUACGGAAAAGCUGAAGGAGAAGAAUUCAGAGUCAGACGUCCCAACCCCACAAGAGUUGGGGUUCCAUGCCGAGAAGUCAAAAGACCAGUACAUGAAAGAUGUCGAGACGUGUUUGAAUUUCAUCAAAGACGGAGAAAGCUACGAAUUGUGCCUGACGACUCAAAUGAGAAAGAAAACAGGCGAUAUAGACUCUCUGGGACUUUACCUGAGUUUGAGAGAGAAGAAUCCGGCUCCAUAUGCUGCUUGGCUUAAUUUUUCCAAAGAGAAUCUAUCUAUAUGCUGUUCAUCCCCUGAGAGGUUUUUACAAUUGGAUGGACGCGGUACGUUGGAAGCAAAGCCAAUCAAAGGCACGGUUGCUCGUGGUUUGAAUUCCGUUGAGGAUGAACAGCUUAAAUCACAGCUGCAGCACAGUGAAAAGGACCAAGCCGAAAAUCUAAUGAUUGUUGAUCUAUUAAGAAAUGACCUUGGUCGUGUCUGUGAACCUGGCUCAGUUCAUGUUCCCCGGUUAAUGGAGGUUGAGUCUUAUGCGACUGUUCACACGUUAGUGAGUACAAUUCGAGGGGAGAAGUGUGCAAAUUUGACACCAAUAGAUUGUGUCAGAGCUGCAUUUCCAGGAGGUUCGAUGACUGGUGCGCCAAAGCUGAGAUCGAUAGAAAUUCUCGAUUCUCUUGAAAAUUGUGCAAGGGGUGUUUACUCUGGCUCUAUAGGUUUUUUCUCGUAUAAUCAAACAUUCGACUUGAAUAUAGUAAUAAGAACAGUUGUCAUACAUGAAGGUGAAGCUUCUGUUGGAGCAGGAGGAGCAAUUGUUUCUCUGUCAAAGCCAGAAGAUGAGUACGAUGAAAUGAUUUUGAAGACACAGGCACCUGUGAAGACAGUGAUGGAAUUCCAAAGAAAAUCAAGUGCGCACGAGUAAAGCAAGUUCAAUAUGUUUUUUAGAGUUUUUCCCCAUAUUCUUUAUUUUUCAUAUUGUGUUUUUAUGGUUCCCUUAUGGGGAUUUUGGCAUUGUAACAAAGGGAUCCAAAAUGGGUUCAUUAGUAGUUGUAAAAUUAAAAUGUACAAUAAACUAUUAUUCAAGGUUUUGGAAUGAAAAAGAAGGGCUUUACCAUUGCUUUGCA